GACUAUAAUAAACACCACUUUAAGCAAGAAGAAAAAUCCCACGACCUGAAUCAACAUAGAGUAAACAGCAGGAAGGCUGCCCACCCAGAAGCUGAAGGGCAUCACGUCCAUUCGACCAAGUGUGGGGGGCAGAGUGCGCAGGCGCGGCGUUGCUGGUCAUUGACAAGGAUAGAGAUGGAAAUAAAAGCUGUUUGUGUCCUGAAAGAUCAGCACGAUGUUUAUCCUUAUGUCCAUGAUUUAUCCGACCCUAUCAGCGGCGUCAAUGGAGUCGUCGUUUUUGAAUCACAGGCAAAUGGUCAAGUAUUAAUAAAAGGAACUUUUACUGGAUUAACUCGUGGAAAACAUGGGCUUCAUGUGUGUACUUUUGGAAAUCUUUUUAAUGGUUAUCAUAGUGUUGGACCUCAUUUCAAUCCCCGUAAAGGAAUUCACGGUGGGCAACAAGAUAAUGAAAGGCACGUAGGAGAUCUAGGCAACGUUGAAGCUAAUGAAGAUGGUGUUGCUGAGUUUCAAAUAGAAGAUCAAUUCAUUAGUCUUUCAGGAAUUGAGUCUAUCAUUGGUCGAGCCAUGGUGAUUCAAGCAGAGGAAGAUGAUCUGGGAAAGGGUGAAAAUGAAGAGAGCCUCAUCACAGGGAACGCUAUUACAGGUUUAGCCUGGGGAGUCAUUGGAAUAGCUGAUGUCACUGCCAAUUAAAAAAGCACACAUGUCUAACCAGUUCCAUGUCGGCAGUCAAAUGUUAGUAAAAAAAUGUUUUCACAUUAAAUUUAAUAUAUACCAAUGUGCUACAAUGCAGAAAAUAGGCAUUUGUUUUAUAAUUUUUUUGAAGAGAUGUGUUUAAUACAGGAUAAAAUUAAAUGUCUCAAUAUAAAAUUUGUUCUUUUUUUUUAACCAAAUGUCAUUAAAGUUUGUUACCAAAAUGUGAGUUUGUUUGUACAUUUUAUGUUGGUGCACCAGUUAAAUAUUACUGCCAAACUUUAUUAGUCAAUCUCUUGUAUAUAGAGCAGAUUUAGAAUAUUUCUAUGCAACUGCUCAAUGAGAUCACAUUCCUGUAAAGACGUUUACAUUUUCCAAUUUUAUGAGACACAGC